AUGCUGAGCAACCAGGUGUUUCAGAUGGUAGAGAAUUUUACGGCGUCCUAUUCCGAGAGGUCUUUGGAGCUUCAACGGCUGUUGGGAAGAGAGGGUGCGUUCAAAAAAUUGCUCGACACAUCCUUGUAUUUCCAGUCUGCAGAUGUGUUUAAUCUCAUGCUUGCCGGGAGAGUCGGUGAAGAGACCAUGCGUACGCUCAAAGAGAUGGGGGCUAUGCUUAAGAUUGCUCAGGAGGCAAGGAACAAGACAGCUGGCAUGGAGACGAACCCGUACUCUGGCGGCAUGUACUACGAAGAAGUAGCCCAGACAGAAACCCUCCACUACCAACAAGCGAGACAGCAUGGUCUUCUGGCGAAUCUGAGCAUGCCCGGUGUCCUGUUUUUCCCGUCAGCUAAAACUCAACAGUACCUGAACACCACCUAUUCCUUCACUCUGCCACCUUCAAAUACCGCCCUCUUGCGACUCCUCUCUCCUUUCCAAUCCGACUACUUCCAACCAACAAUGACAGAUAAAUACAUUUACACGAUCAUUGAAACCGAGAUCUCAGAGUUGAUUGAGAAAUCCAAAAUGGAACACCGCGAGGCCGAUGACACAAUCAAAGAAUUAUUGUCCGUGGCGUUUGCUGAGGUCGACCUUAGUAACACCCUUGCCCGUAUUUUCGCGGCUGUGCGCGGCGUGUUCGGCGAGGAGGAGAACAUGGACACUGUGUGGAACUAUUAUCCCACGCAGUCAUCAGAUGGUGGGCUAAGUCCAAGUUGUUUAAAUAUCGAAUGCCAUACCGACAGACGAAAAAACACUCAGUGUGAGGUGUGUGUUAACGACUAUGGAGAAAUGAAAGUCAUGGCCAUUAAAGAAACCACGAACUCCAUCAUGGAGUCACUUCGAGAGAUGCUCAAAGAACGCGUCGACAAAGUACGGAUGUUUCUGAACCCAGUGGAUGCAGUAGAACCAACAGAUGGGGACGUCAGAGAUCCAGAUAACGGUGGAACUGAGGGAGGUGAUGUUGUCGAUGCAACAGAAAAAGGUGAAGAUGACAGUGUCACAGAGAGAGAUCAUGGUGAUGGCGUUACGGAGAGAGAUGAUAAUGCUGGCGUCACUGAGAAAGGUGACGGUUCCAGGGUCACGGAGAGACCUGCAGACAUAACAGAGAGGGAUGGCAAUGUCAAGGUGACGGAGAAACCUGUUGACGUAACGGAGAAGGGUGAUAAUGUCAGAGUCACAGAGAGGCUUGCCGAUGUUACAGAGAAUGGUGACAAUGUCAAGGUCACGGAGAGGCCUGCCGAUGUUACGGAGAUGGGUGACAAGGUUACGGAGAGGCCUGCUGACGUUACGGAGAAGGGUGACAAUGUCAGGGUCACGGAAAGGCCUGCCGAUGUUACGGAGAAUGGUGACAAUGUCAAGGUCACGGAGAGGCCUGCCGAUGUUACGGAGAUGGGUGACAAGGUUACGGAGAGGCCUGCCGACGUUACGGAGAAGGGUGACAAUGUCGGGGUCACGGAGAGGCCUGCCGAUGUUACAGAGAAUGGUGACAAUGUCAAGGUCACGGAGAGGCCUGCCGAUGUUACGGAGAUGGGUGACAAGGUUACGGAGAGGCCUGCUGACGUUACAGAGAAGGGUGACAAUUCCAUGGUCACGGAGAGACCUGCCGGCGUUACGGAGACUCCUGCGGGCGUUACGGAGAAGGGGAUCAAUGUCAAGGUCACGGAAAGACCUGUUGUUGAAGAGUUCAAUCUCAUGGCUGCUAUUUCUGGACCUUCGAGGAUCCCUGAAUGCGGGGACGUGAAACUGGAAGGACGAGCCCUUGGGACCAAUCUACCAAGUAUGCGAUUCCAGUGGUCUAUAGAGCCAUCGACUGACGCACUCAAUCAGCGGUUUGCUUCAAUCAAUGAAAAUGGCAAAAUGGACGUGCUAUCGUUUUCUGGUGACUUGCUGGAUCCAGGCAUGGAUUACACUGUUACGCUGACCCUGCAAACUGACAAGGGUAACCGAGAUGCAACCAUUGGAAUCAGUAAGAUGGAUUCGCUCGCACCAGGCUUGACUAUCGAGGCGAGGGGUUUGAGUGCUGGAAACACAGUCCUGGCUUCACAGACGUUUUACCUUGAAGCGAAAGUCACCUUCUAUUCCUGCAUCCCAUCUAAGACAACAGUGUACGAAUGGAGUGUCGCGGACGGCAACGGACAGACGUUCUGGGCCGGGUUUCAAGAACAAUCUCUCAAACAGAAGAUACAGGCCAAUCGCGUACCAGUCAAUCAAGAGGUGACAUUCAUCGUGAAGGCUUGGCGCGAGGGUGACUCCAACAAGGCAACUUCAGAAAUCAAACUCACCGUGUUGAGAUCACCCCUUGUUGCGAUCAUCGCCGGUGGAAGUCAGCGCACGUUGGGGCGAGAGUCAAGGCUGACUUUGGAUGCCUCGGGUUCCAAAGACCUGGAUGAUAUGACAAGUUCUUCUGCGGAACUCCGAUACCAGUGGCAGUGCAGUAGACCAGAGGAUGCGGCUUGUGACCUGGCUGGAGCCUCCGUUACCAUGGAGACAUUGAGCGUUGGUCCUGGGGUUUUGUCUAACGGGAUGCACACCUUUACCGUAACUGUUUCCAAACCCAAUGCAGCCAAUACAAAUGACCAUCGCGAGGCAAUGGCCAGUGUUGUAGUGGACAUUCAGAGUGGAUCCCCUCCUGAGGCCGUCCUAACGAGGGAGUUCAACGGCAUGUUCAAGCCGCGGCAGCUGAUCGUGGUGACGGCUGAGAUCUCAAAGAAGGGAAGCACAGACAGAGUGGAGUGGGCGAUUACUAAAGGGGGUGAGACUCAAGAUGUACACAGUCAAGCCGUGACCUCAUUUGAGAAGAACGAUGCUGAUGAUACUGCCAUUGCGACCAUCACGCUGCCUGCUGGAACUUUGACCGCUGGAUCUGACUACGAGAUUAAGGCCAUGAUGGUUGGCAUCAUGGAUACGGAGUUGUCGUCUGCGGCGACCAAGAUCACCAUCUACAGAGAGAUCUCUGGUUGCCAAGUCAGUCUGCAGAGCGAAUACUUGACACUUUCACCGGGUAAAAUCAAAGUAGACGGUUGUGUUGGCAGCGACGGGCUGACCUACCAGGCCUUCGUAGCAUCGACAAACACCCCAACGAAGAAGAUCCCUCUGAUGACAGUCCCAGUGGAUUCCAACUUGCUGAAUAUUGAGUUCUUUUGGGAAGUGGAAGGUGCCGAGUAUGUUAACAUCAUAGUACGGGUUUGUGGCAAGAAAGGAAGAUGUAAGGAGUUCACUGAAGCAUCUAUCCGACAGGUGCAGCAGAUUACCGAGGCUGCCAUUCAAGCCAUCACUGACGAUAUCCAGAAAGACAAAGAAUCUGGUGAUUACGUGCAAGCUUUUCACAAGAAUAGCAGAGUCAUGAAGUCAGUGGCCACAACAUCAGGAAACCGUCGACGAAGAGCAACUGCAGAUGGGAUUGCAGAGCACUACAGCCUUUUGACAGAUGCUACCAGUCUACUCGGUUCUAUCAGCGCAGCUGAGCGCUCAACCAUAUCAUUAGACUUGGAAACGUUUCCAGAUGUGCAGACGGAAGAUCAGAGCAUGACGAUGUUAAAUAACCUGAAGGCUUUGAUCAGAUCCUAUAUUGGUGACGAUCCAGAGCAUAUAAGAGAAACUUUUGAGGAACUGAGUGAGGAGAUAGCUGAGACACACGCUGGUUUGGCGCUACCUGAGGACAGACGGGAACUCAGACGCCAUGCGCAAAAUCUUACACGGCACCUUGGAACCGUACUGCAAAAUCGUGAGGUGAACAUCAGUCGUACAGAGCUCGUACAUUCUAGGAUAAGAAGAGGUAGACUCGAGAGGGCCAUCCAGUUUGACAGAGUCAACAUCAGCUUUCCUUUAUCGGUGAUCAAUGAAAGAUUGGGCGGUCAGGAAGUUCUACUUCAUAUUGAGGAUUACCAGAGCGAAGAAGUGGCUGACUUUGAUUACAUCCAGUCAAUAACCGUCCUUGACGUCUCUGGGGUACCAAUUCCUUUGGCGAACUUGUUGGAACAUAUCAACUUGACGUUCCCGGCCACACAAAGAAAAAGUACCUGCAAAUACUUGGAUGAGAACACAAACACCUGGUCCACGUCUGGUGUCCUGACUACUCAUGAAUCACAGAAUGAACGUGUGAUAUGUCGGACCAACCACCUGACUGAGUUUGCUCUUGAAGUCUCAGUUGACCCGUUUGAUUUGGGUGGUGGAAUAGUACCAAUAGCAGGUCUGACGGUAGGAGCAGUUAUUGGAAUCAUCAUUGGUGUCUUGGCUCUCCUGGUUAUCGUCAUCAUCAUCGUCUUCAUGGUCAUGAAGAUGUCCAAGAACAAGAAGGUCAAUCCACAAGAGUAAAACCAAGUUGUGGUAAGUUAAACCAUGUUAACCUGGUUUGAAACCAGUAAACUGGGUUAACAGUGGUAUCACAAUCCACACAAGUUAGACCCAUUUGUGGUAAGUUAAGCCAUGUUAACCUGAUUUGAACCAAUUAGUCAUGAUUAGCUAAACUGGGUUAAUAUUGGUAUCACAAUCUGCAAGAGUAAGGCCGAGUUGUGUUGAGUUAAACCAUGUUAACCUGGUUCAAACUAGUAAACUGGGGUAAUAAUGGUAUCACAAUCCACACACAAGUAAAACUGAUUAGUCCUGGUUAAGAAUUAACUGGGUAUCACAAUCCCCAGAAGCAGACCCACCUGAAUGUGAACAUUAAUUCAGUGUUUAACUGAGUUAAUAAUCCACAUGAUAACUAUAACUAUAACUAAACCUUGGAAGUGUAACUUGGUUAACUUUGAUAACUGUUUCUGUAAAAUAAACCUUAGGAGUUUAAAUGGGUUAACUCAAAAUAAUCCACAUGAUAACUAAAACUAUGACUUAUUUUAGGGAAUUAACUGGGUUAACUUGUUAAAAUCCACAUGAUAAAUAUAACAAUAGCUAAACCUUAGUAAAAACUAUAGAUUAUUUGGUCAACUAAAUUGGUUAAAUAAUGGGUUUUAAAAUCCACAGGAGUUGACCCAUUGGAAUGUACAUUUUGUUUGGAGUUUAACUUGCUUAACUAAUCCUAUAACUAAACUAAAACAAUUAGCUAAACUGGUUUAACAGGUAUCACAACUCACAGAAGUAAACACACUGAACUGUGAAUUUUUAGUUGGGUGUUUAAGCAAAAUGUAAAUGAACAAUGAACAAAGAACGCAAUAAAACCAAAUAGUGGUUAAAUUUUUGUAUGUACAUUAUUAUGAAUGUUUUAAAUUGCCUUUCUGGAAACUGGGAAACUAAGUUAUAAAACAACAACAAAAUACAUGAUUUAAAUUUACAAAAAAUGAAAAGUCAUUUAAAUGUAGCCAAAAGAAACAAGUGCUGUAAUUAAUACAGGGUUUUACAUUAUACUAAGACACUUGAAGUCUGAUUUUUUUUUUUGAAAUUUUAAAAAGAGGCAGUCUAAACUUAAAGGCCUAUCUUUUAUAUUCUUUCAAAACUUUUUUUUCAAUCGCUUAGAAAAAUCAUCAAGCAGCACUUUGAUUUGUUGUAAAUUAAUGUCAGUUCAUUAAGGGGGAAAAAAACGAAAACCAGUUCGACUGAAAUUUGCAAUCGUCCAUCUGAAAUUUUGUACAAAUAUGACUAAAAGAGUUACCUUAAUUUUGUCUUACAAUAACUUCUUAAUUUACCAUUAAAGCUCCCCUUUGUUUACAUUUUUUAUGAGUAUUAAGAAAAGAAAAAAAAAGAACUAAUUUCACCAUUUCCCCUCCCCUUUUUUUUCAAAAUUUCCAAAAUGAAAAUAUUGAAGAUAUUAUAAAUACAGGAUUAGUAUAGCUGACAAACUAGUCACAGACAGUGGUCAUGUUUAUUGUGAUCAACAAGACAUAGAAAUUACAAAAUCAAGCCCCAUUUUCAGCUUGGUAACACAUUGUCCUUAAUUUGGGUCAUAACAACCCAAAUCAUAUGUUUGUUUUUUAAGUUUUCGGAUUAAGUUUUUUUCAUACAUUACUUCUUUUAGAGGGAAAUGUUUCACAAACAAAAUGAUAUUAUAUUAACUAGUUCUUAUCUUUCGCGUUUUACAAUAACCGUAUCAAUGCGCUUAUUAUUGCCCUAGUCAUUAGUGCCCUGGUCUUUAGUGCCCUGGUCUUUAGGCCAAUAGCAUUCUUUCAAGCUUUCUAAGCUCCUUGCGGAGUAUACAGCCCAAGAUGAGGUGUCGCUCAGAAGGAUUUUUCAAACACACAAUAUCAAACUCCAUCCUCACAGAUUCUAGCAUAAAUUUCAUAAUCUGCAAGCUUUCAGAAUAAUAUUACACAAUAAAGUUGUUCAUCCCUACCAAUUCUGUUUAACACCUUGAAACAUGUUCACAGUCGUGGCACACAUUAUUUACUGCCUUUCAAGGAAGAAUUUAUUUACAAACUUUCAUACAUUUUUAAAAUUUUCUAGAAUGAGUGCCUUAUUCUCUUCAUAGUUUGCACCAAGUGUUUACAAGGAAAUAUUGUUGGACUUUUGUGUUCACCAAAUUCACCACGAGUAAUACAGACGGCACUUUAUAAACUUUGAGCACUUUUAUCAUGUUACAGCACUGCACUCGCACUUUAUUUUGAUUCAACAAUAAUCUGAUUACCAAUUGGAAAAAACUUAAUGUUCCCCAAUCAAUCAAUCAAUCAAUCAAAAGAAAUUUAUGAAGUGCCAAAAUCAUGAGUUUGGUCUUAGGCAACGAGAACUUACGGAAACCCUCAAAGCCAGUUGCGAGUUAAUGUGUGGUACCAUGACUUGCUUGAUCACAAGUUACCGCAAAAUUUUAACCAUUCAACCCCAUAGAAAAUUAAUUUACCAAAUGACCAAGUCAGUUUCCCUUGAGUUAUUCAAGUGCAAUUCACAAUCGAGUUAUUGUAUAAAUUAUCAAUCCUGUAAAAAAAGUGAAAACAGGAUCAUUGGGAUUGAACUUUCGAACUCUAAAUAACUGCAUUUCUGAAGAAUAAGCUUUAAAUACAAAUUUGAUCGCCUCUGUCCACUACCAGCCCAACACAUCCGUAUGGAUAUUAAUGAUGAUACAGGACACCUUAAUCAAACAACCCCCAUCCUACCCUAAGCCUCUCAAGCAACUGAAUUUAUAGACAAGCAACAUUGACAAUGUUUCCCUUCGUCUUGAAGAUGAAUUGAGCCAGCUGCCAUCUUAGAAACAUGAGUGUGGCGACCAGUCACCCCUUUUCUUUCCCUUUUUUAAAGGCACAAUCCCAAACAAGUUUUGUGGUUUUGGAGGGUUUGGGGUCAGUUUUUGUCCACCAUUUAUGCUUACCAGAGUACUGAAAUAUUUGUCAGACCUUUAAAUUUGUUAAAAUUGGUUUUUUUUAAGUGUGCACUCUCUAAAAGUCCAAUGAAUGAGAUAUUGAAAGUAACAUUGAAGUAAAAAAAAGAAACAAUGCCAAAAGAAAAACAUUGAUAGAAACUUUUCACAAAAUUGACUUGUUUAGUCACAAAUUGUAAAGUUAUUUUAAAGCACAAGGCACUGCACGUUUGCACACUUUGUACAUUUUUGUUAAAAUAAAAUAAAAGUAAUUUAAAAUUAUUGUAAAUAGUUGUGUGAUAAAGAGUAGACAUUUUACAGAAUGGUAUGGAAGAGUUGGUAAGAAAACCUAUCAUGAUGCAGCCAUCUUUGUACAGAUCCCAGUGUUGAACAACAUUAUAUCUAUUGCUCUUUAGAUGCUAAAGGGGACCUGACUAUUUACGGGUGGUUUUGGUUCCAUGGGGUUGGUUCUAUCGUAAGUAUUCAAACAUAAAGUUGAAUUUGUAAACAAACAAGCAACAAAUCAUAUUUUACUUGAAAGGUCGCAGGAAAUGUAAUUUUUUGUUGAAAAACGUCUGUUAACACGAUUGGGUGUCUACUAACAUUCGACCAUCCAUGCCAACCAAUGCGGUUUGUUUAUCAACAUUGGAAAGUUCUAUAUAAUUCCUUGCUUUGGCGGCCUUCUUUAAUGUCAAGCAACGGAAACGUGCUAAUGAAAUUUCUAAUGAUAGCUGAUCAAUGGGGCUUGGUUCAAUGGCUGUAAAGUAUACCUUACACUGGCCGCCAUCUUUGAUGACCAACAAUGUGCGCGCACGACUCUCGGCCAAUGGUAGCUCUUCAUUAACCUCAGUUAGAAGACUGUUUGGGGCUUGUGACUUAAUAUGCACGGUACUAUACUGAGUUAGUUGCACGUGAAUAGGCUAGUAAUGGGCAUAAAGAAAAAUGGUGGAUUUUAAUUUCGACUUAAGACACUCAUAAAGCAGGAUUUGAAACUUUGAAUGAUGGGAGUACAAUCAGAUUUGCUCAACACACUUGU